CUUUCUUGCACGAGAGAUUAUCUUCCGAGGAGAUUAUCGAUCUGAAAACUAUGGCGGCAGAGCAGAAGGCGACGACAGAAGAAGUGAAGAUGGAUCUGUUCGAGGACGACGAUGAGUUCGAGGAGUUCGAAAUCAACCAAGAUUGGGUGGAGAACGAGGAGCAAGUGAAGGAAGUUGGUUUGCAAUGGGAAGAUGACUGGGAUGAUGAUGAUGUGAAUGAUGAUUUCUCUCAUCAGCUAAGGAAGGAACUUGAGACCGUUUCUACUGAUAAGAAAUGAGGUUUUUCAUUUGUAUUUGCUUCUCCUUUCUUACUCUUGGAUGCAUGUUCCUAUCUUUGAAAGAUAAUAAUGUAUCUCUCAACUUUUAUGGUUGUUUCUCUGAAUGUUUUGACUGGUUAAGUAUGUUUUUAAUGUUUGAUAGUUGAACUUUAUGGAUCC